GAAGAUGAGAGAUCGCGGGCAGUGGCGGCAGGACGGUGAGAUCGGAACAGGGUGGGUCCGUCGCCGGCGACGAGAGGUACACGGCGAGUCACAGUGAGAAGUGAUUGAAGGCUGCUGCAAGCUGGUCUGACGGAUUAUUCGUGAAACGGAGCACGAUGGACGCGUGCCCGUCUUUCCUCCGCAGCCUGUCUGCGCUGCUCGUGAUCUCCUUCCUGUCGUCGCUGGUGCUACAGCCGCUGAUACCCUCCGUUCGCGCCGAGGCACUCUCAGAGCUCACAGCCAGUGCACUGGAACUCGACAGACUGUUCCAGGCCGAACAGAACAUAGUGAAGGAACUGGAGAAGUUUGUUCAACUGUCGGAGAGCAAGCUGGAGCUAGCCAAACGUUAUUUGGAAACGUACCGUGAGCACAACCCGAUGCUUCAGCCCAGCAACCCAGUGAGGGACUACAAGCUCAUGCAGCGCGUCGAAUCACUGUGGACAGAGGAGCUGUACACACCGGACCUUCUAGAAACUCUGACCUCAGUUCAGCGCCGCGUUGAAGAGUUCACCAACUCCGAGACAGGCACUCGGCCCGGCACAGAGGAGGCGCUGGAGACCCUCAGGGCAAUGGUGGAGGUGCAGUCCGUCUAUGAUCUGGAUGUGACCGAUCUGGCCGAAGGCAGACUCAUGGGACUCGAUACUGGCACAAAGAUGUCGGUGGACGACCUGCUGAAGCUGGCUGGCGUCAUGUGUGCCUCCAACGCCGUGGACAAGUGCCUCGUCUGGCUGGAGGGCGCUCUUCAGGUGGCCAUGGCCAGAAACCUGACUGACUGGGUGAACGACAUCAGACCCAGUUACACGGAUAUGAUAAAGAGGCACGACAAGAGACUGAGCCAGGGAGGUACUCCGGGCAUGCAACUGUUCCCCUACCCUGUGGGGGAUGGCUCCCCGAGGGCCAUGCAGAGAGAGCUGGAGGAACACAUCACAUUGGCAGACAAGGCAGCGGCCAUCAACAAACUCUGCCGCGGUACGGAGCUCAGGGAUGCGUCUCAACUCUCCAAGCUGUACUGCAAGUAUGAGAGACCUCAUCCCUACCUCUUCAUGCAACCCUUGAAGACAGAAGUGCAAAACAUCGACCCGUAUCUGUGCAUUUAUCACGACGUUCUCCGCAAGAGCGAAAUCGACCAACUAAUAGUCACCGCUAGACCACAUAUGGAGCGUUCGAUGGUGGGUAUCGGCCAUGACAGCUGGACGGGUCGCGUGUCCAGCAGCUCGCGGCUCGAGGACACCGAUCACCCGGUGGUGAUGACGCUCAACCGGCGCAUCGAGAUGGCCACAGGGCUGGACGUGACCAACCGAACUGGAUACGAACAGGAGAUGCUGCAGGUGUGCGAAUAUGGAACGGGUGGUCAAUUUUCGGCACAUCACGACUACCUCAACCUGGCAGACGAGGCUAUACUGCAGAGCUUUAUCGACAAUGAGGACGAUGCAUACAUCACGGGCGAGAGAAUUGCAACAAUCAUGUUUUACCUGAACCCCGUGCUACGCGGAGGUCGGACCGUGUUCCCCUACCUGGGCGUCUCAGUAGAGCCAGAGCAGGGCUCGGCCGUCUACUGGGACAACGUGCUCCCUGACGGCACCGCGGACGAACGCACGCUACACUCGGGCUGUCCAGUGGCAUACGGCUACAAGUGGAUUGCCAACAAGUUCAUCAGGGAGCUGUCUCAGACUUUCCGAAGACCGUGUCGCGAGGUCUAAACACAGCGAUAAGCCAUUCUCAUCUACACAAAACAGUGCCUUCACCCACGGGUUCGAGGAAAAUCCAGCAAUUCUAGCAUGAAACGUUUAUGAACUGUGAGAUGUUAAGUGUGUUAAGUGCAGGGCUGCGGAGUCGAUGGAUUUUCGGCGACUCCGACUCCGGCUUUCAAAAACCAGCUCCGACUCCGACUCCGACUCCGGGCAGAAUUGUCGACUCCGACCGACUCCAACUCCCGACUCCGACUCCGCAGACCUAGCAGGGCUACGGAGUCGACAGAUUUUCGGUGACUCCGACUCCGGCUCGGGUUUCUAAAAUCGACUCCGACUCCGACUCCGGUCACAACUGUCGACUCCGACCGACUCCGACUCCGACUCCGACUCCGCAGCCCUGGUUAAUUGUGUUCAUGCGCUCUCUGCAGUCUGACGUUGCCGUCGCACAUUGGGAAACAAACACUGGCAUCUGCCCGUGCUAUUGUGAUAGCUGUGAAAAGGGCCGUGAUGUGAUCAGGAAAUGAAUGUGAAUACUCUGUGCGAUACUCAAUACUCAUUGGAACGCUUGAGGUAGUGAGUUAAGUUGUUUAUUUUUACUCUACAACUUAACAUGAACACACUCUGGUGUGUUCAUAGUCAAUUAUUGCUGAGGUUUCCACACCCAGCGUACCUUCUUGCUAGUUGCUACUUGCUACAGACCCAGCGUACCUUCUCGCUACAGAACAGCUGUUCCGCUGUGUGGAUGGAGGUAUAUUUCAGUAUUUUAUAGGGGGUCAUUUUCCUGGGCUUUGCAGGAUGCUGGGUCACUGAUCCCAGAAAAAGUUACCUAUUAUUAUGAGGCACGUGGUGUGAUGUAAUACUUCCAUCCUUUUGCAAUGCGUACCUUUUUUAUCAGAAGUUGAUGACUGGACUUUGAUAAAGCUGGACCUUGAGCGAAGAGUGGAAAUUACGUUUUUAAGAUGGAUUGAUGUUUUAUACGAAUAGGCAAGGGAUGUGUAGGUGUUCAGACCACUAGUACAAUGCAAAAGUUGUUCUGUUAUUGCUGUUGUGGUUUGAAACGAAGGGAAUGUGUGUAACUGUAAUUAGUGGUGUACGGGGAUUGUUUCUAUAAGCAUCUUCCUUGUUUGUUAAACCCAAUAAAUAGGUAUCGUCUUUUUA